AUGUCUCUCAAUCUUUCCUGGCCAGCCGCGACCAUGCGCGCUGUGGUUUACCAUGGCACACCUUUCGAAAUGACGGUUCAAGAUGUCGCCAAGCCAACGAUCGUGAACGAGACUGAUGUUGUCGUGCGGGUGACCACAGCGGCCGUAUGCGGAUCCGACUUGCACUUCUAUCACGGAUAUAUGGGCGGUGCUGUGCCAUGGACAAUGGGCCACGAGGCCGUCGGCUACGUUUCGGAGAUCGGCGACGCUGUGUCCUCCUUCGCCGUCGGGGACUACGUCAUCAUUCCCGACACCGUGUCUGCGGAUCACCUGGAGAUGGAGCCGGCGUCGAAGGAUUACUUCGGCUUCGGUAUCAGUGAGAUGGGUCUUGGUGGGCUUCAAGCUGAAUACGCGAGGGUUCCUUUUGCUGACACCAACCUGAUCCCCGUCCCCUUGACCCGUGAAACCGCCAACUCGACGAUCGAGCACGACUACCUUACCGUUUCAGACAUCUUCGCUACGGGAUGGGCCGGUCUCGACUACGCUGGCUUCCAGCCUGGCGAUUCCGUCGCCGUCUUUGGGGCGGGUCCCGUCGGACUGCUUUCUGCUUACUCGGCCAUCUUGCGUGGGGCUUCCGUGGUCUACGUCGUCGACCACGUCGAGGACCGCCUCAGGCUUGCCGCUUCCAUCGGAGCUAUUCCGAUCAACUUCACGGAAGAAAACCCCGCCAGCCAAAUCCUGGCUCGUGAGCCGGGUGGCGUGAUGCGCGCCGUCGAUUGUGUUGGCAUGGAGGCUCUAAACUCCACCCUUGGAAUGGAUGAGAGCGUCGUCGUGCGGCAGAUGAUCGAAGUGGUACAUCUCGACGGAGGCAUCGGCCAGGUGGGCGCGUACAAGUCUCAGGACAGCUCGCCUGGUGCACCAUACGGCAGCGCCAUUCCACCCACGAUCCCCUUCCCCGCCUCGGACUUUUUCAUGAAGCGCCUGAGUUUCCGAACGGGGGCUGUAGAUCCGAAAGAGUACGCUCCCCAGUUGAUCGACCUUAUCAACCGCGGCAAAGCCCAUCCCAGCUUUGUUUUCAGCGCCGUUAUUGGCAUUGAGGAUGCGCCAGACUAUUAUGACCGCUUCGAUCGGAAGCAGGAGACGAAGGUAGCCAUCUACUUCCCGGAGUAG